AUGUCUUCUCUCCCAGCAACGUCUGAAACCGCGACACGCGUCAAACGCGAGAACGACUCGUCGGAUAACCCUGACUCGAGUGGCUGGUCCGCGUCUUUGUACAACAAGACUGCGUCAUUUGUGUAUUCCGCAUCGUUCAUAGCUCCUGUUAUGAACCUCCUGGACGCUCAACCCGGCGAGCAGAUCCUGGACCUCGGUUGUGGAAGUGGAGAAGUGAGUUUGGAGAUUGAGAGGAUUGUUCAGAUGGCGCGAAAGAAUGGCCUCCGGCACGCGUUCAUAGGGGACGCGCAGGAGUUGCAGUUACCUCAGGAGUACGCAAGUCUCGCGGGACAAUUCGACGCGGUAUUCAGCAAUGCCACGCUGCAUUGGUGCAAACGGGACCCACUAGGAGUCCUGAUUGGUGCUCGCAAGACGCUGAAACCCGGAGGUCGACUAGUAGCGGAGAUGGGUGGGUUCAUGAACUGCAUUGGUGUAAGAGGAGCAAUCCAUGGUGCCCUUCGGCGACGAGGUUACGACCCAAAGGUUGUGGAUCCGUGGUAUUUCCCUUCAAUCGAAGACUAUGUCAAGCUUCUCGUUACCGCAGGGUUCGUCCCAACGCAAAUGUCUCUCACCCCUCGAAUCACUCCACUCCCGACGGGCCUCAUGGAAUGGCUGAGGCUGUUCGUGAGGAGCUCAUUCCUGAAGGCCUUCAGCGACGAGCAAGCUGAAGAGAUCAUGAAAGAAGUGGUGGACCAUUGUCGAGUCGAUUGUCAGGAUGAGGGAGGAAAUUGGGCGUUGACAUAUAUGCGAUUGAGGUUCUCGGCCCUCGUCAAGGAUCCUUGA